GCUUGUUUGGCGACGGAAUCAGCUGACCACACAAGGGGAAAUUUGUUAACGAAAGUGCUCAGUACAGCCAUGUUCCGUAUUAGUGACCGAUGACAGUGUGUAUGACAGCCAAAGAAUUUUACACCCACUGCUGCUUCUCGAGUUCGUCUCUUCCGAACUGCCUCUGACACCAUGCUAGCCACAGUGACAGCUGUGGUUAGGUUUGCCCAAAACAAUGGCAGUAUUUUGCCCACAGCGUGGGACAACACAUCUGCAUUCCCAUCUUGGCAACCUGAUAGUGGAGCUAACAUCACCAAGCCACAUAAAUGCCUGCAGGUUCUGUAUGAGGAUGUUAGAGACUCCAGGGUACGGUUCUGGGACCUCUUACUGCUAGUGCCUAAUGUGGCAUUCUUCAUAUUUCUGAUGUGGAAGCUUCCCUCAGCUAGGGCAAAGAUUCGAGUAACCUCCAGCCCUAUUUUUGUCACCUUUUACCUGCUGGUGUUUGUAGUUGCAGCAGUUGGAAUUACCCGGGCUAUCGUGUCCAUGACUGUUAGUGCAUCCAGCGCUGCCACCAUUAUAGACAAAGUCUUGUGGGAAAUCACCCGUUUCUUCUUGCUGGCUAUUGAACUCAGCGUAGUCAUCUUGGGGUUGGCCUUUGCUCACCUGGAGAGCAAAUCUAGUAUUAAGCGUGUGCUGGCUAUCACUGCUGUACUGGCUCUGGCCUAUUCCAUUACACAGGGGACUCUAGAGAUCCUGUAUCCAGACAGUCACCUGUCUGCUGAGGACUUUAACAUCUAUGGCCAUGGAGGACGGCACUUCUGGUUGGCCAGCUCCUGCUUCUUCUUCCUGGUGUACUCUUUGAUUGUGAUUUUGCCUAAAACUCCACUGAAGGAGAGAAUAUCUCUGCCAUCUAAGAGGAGUUUCUAUGUGUAUGCUGCCAUCCUGUCUUUACUGAACUUUGUCCAGGGUCUGGGCAGUGCUCUCCUGUGUGCUGGAAUCAUAGAGGGACUCUGCUGUGUGGAUGUCACCACCUUCCUGUAUUUUUCUGCCUUUGCUCCUCUCAUUUACGUCACAUUCCUCAAAGGCUUCUUUGGCUCUGAGCCCAAGAUCCUUUUCUCCUACAAGUCGCAGAUGGAUGAGCCUGAUGACAGUGACGUCCACCUUCCCCCAACUGUUGCUACAACUCUCGGUCGAAAGGAGCUGACCGACCAGGGCUUGUUUUACUCCUCCACCCAAAUCGAUGGCUCAGGUCCGGGAAGCUCUCGUGUGCUUGGCGCAUACUUGGAUGAUGUCGCUUCUGGACCCUAUGGGUCUAGCAGCUUCAAUAGUAUUGAUGCUGACCGAUGGAGACCUAUCAAUGCUUAAAAGAAUGAAGGGUAGAAUACAGAGACAGAGAGAGAGAGACAGCAGUGCAGCUGGUACUCCUGCUAGUAGCAAGUUCGGGGUGGUGAGCAGAAAAUGCAGAAAGUAGCUGGACACCAAGGACGGGUUAUAUUAGUGAAACUUUGAGGCAAGAAGUGGACACUUAAGAAGAGACCAUUGCCAGCCAGUUAUCUGCACAACUGUAAACUCAGCAACUGCUUUUGCAACACUGUUGCCUCAGUUCAGUGCUGCUGUAGCUGCACACUAGAAGCAACGUCCAUCAUUGUGGCUCUAACAGACUUUGGGCUAACAGACUCGUCUUAGCAAAUCCUAUGUCAUUCCACCAUUGACGGCUCAAACCUUUAUGAUGUUUUAGCACAUUUUAAGUACACAGGUCUUUAAAAUCUAACAUUCUUUAAUGUCUUCUCAACAUCUGUACAUGCCCCCUAAAGGCUUUGAGUAAGUGCAUUUCCAACUUCAUCUGCUGCCAAGUCAUUCACCUGUCACUCUUCCCCUGUGGGUUGGUUACUAGUGUUACUUUGUGCUGAAAGGUGGGCUUUGUUAUCUUGUAUAAGUCUCUACUAUUAACAAUGGUGGUUAUUAUGAUGGCUGCCACUGCAGUAUGAUGAGGAAUUAGUAUCACCUAAAUAUCAGGUUAGUGUUAAACAUCCCAAACCAGACCAAGGACAGUUGUUGAAUGUAUUCAACUUGUAUCUCAACCACAAAUCUGUCUACUUUUGAUUUUUUUCCCAUUUUGUCUGCUUAUGCUGGAAUGACGUAUACCAAAUUAUUCAUGCCUGUGACUAAGAGGCACAUUUGUUGACCUCCAGCUCAUUAAGAAAAUGUUAUGUGCGUAAUCAUCCACUGUGUUUUGGUUGUUUUAAAUCAAAUGUGCUUUCAUUUCUUUGCUGAUCCAGGGGAGUUCUUUUAUUUUGCUGCUAAUGUCUUUUUUUUCUCCUGUGCUCUAAGUUUUAUUGCAAGAUGUGAUACUCAUUCAGGAUUGCUCAGUUUUAGUAUCUAAAGUGUUAUUGAUACACUUCUAAUAUACUCUUGAUUCUUUCUGAGCCAAAGAGGAUCAGGCACAUGGAAAAAUAGUUCAACAUGGUGUCGGGUACAAAAGUCCAGAAAGACUGUUUCCAUUCUGAUUUUUUCCUCCUUUUUAAUUGUUUUUUUAAAUGUCUUUCUUUCUAUAUUAAGACAACCUCAUUCUAGUGCAUUAUGUACCAGCGUGAUGUUAUUCAUUUUGUUUGACAAAACAACUGUGCUAGGUUUUGCUCUGCAAAUGCUAUAUAUUUGGUAUGAAUUAAUUAUUGUCUUAAGCUAGCAUUAGAUGUUGGUGACCUGUAUGCACAAAACAGAUGGUUACCUUUCAUUUUUCACUCUUGUGAAACAACUAAAAAGGUAAUGAAUUUAUAGGAUAUACAGCAUAUACCCAGCAUGAAAUUAUAAAUAGUCUUAAUCAUAUUUGAAUGAUGGUAACCAAUGCUGUAUUACUUGGAGUUAGAACCGUCAGGGGAAAUCUGUGUUAUUUCAUGACAUAAAUUCAGUGUCUGGCAAUGAAAUGUGCUGUCUUGAUACGAUAUAAGAUGUUCAGUGGUGAAAUCAUUUAGCAGCUGAGGUGAGAAUUGCCUUUUUUAUUUAAGUGCAUUAAUUGGAAAACAUUAAUGCAGCGAGUGAGCAUUUCGUGACCUACAGAAUAAACCACAAACACUUUCAUUUUGUUUAAGUUGGACAACAUGCAAAUUAUAGUUUGUUUAAAUGUUUAAAAUCUAUGAUUCCAUUGUCUGCUUUUUGAGAAUUACAAUUCGGGAUAAACGUUUUAAAACAC